AUGCCGCCCUACAACAAACAAAAUUUCAGAAGAAUCAAACCAGGCAAAAUCAUUUUGGGAAUAACCAUCGCCUUCCUCAUAAUCUACGUCAUUCGUGGGUUAGGGUCUGAUGAAGAGGAUCAAGAUUACUUGAAUUAUAAACUAGAGCAAUUAUACUCACCAGAUCCAAAGCUAAUAGCAUAUAGUCAGUCUCAUGACACCAAGAAGCAGCAAGAGAUAUUGAACGAUGCUGAAUUCUUACAAGAUAAAGCUAAGAAAUCAAAACAACAACAACAGCAGCCAGUUCGUGGCAAUGGCGGUGGUGGUGGUGCUUCAAUUCCAAAAUUCCAUGGUCAAAGAUGUGAAAGUUAUCUAGAUUAUUCUCAAGAUUUCCAUGAGCCUUACUCUGAAGGUCCAUUAGAAUUACCUUUUCAAAGACCAAAAGAACGUUGUCGUACUUUUGCAUCACCUGCAGUGGAGAAGGUUAUUGAAGAUUUGAAGACAAGAAUUAGAGAUCCUGAUUUAUCAAGAUUAUUAGAAAAUGCCCUACCAAAUACAUUAGACUCAACAAUCCUGUGGCAUAAGAAAGCUGGUGCUGAUUCUUCAACUAGAUACUCUCAGUCAUUCGUUGUUACUGGUGAUAUUCAUGCUGAAUGGUUAAGAGACGCAGCUAGACAAUUAUCAGUUUAUCAAAGCAUGACGAAUUAUGAUGAUGAUUUGAAAGAGUUGAUGAGAGGUGCAAUCAACACACAAGCCUCUUAUAUCUUGAUAAAUCCUUAUUGUAAUGCAUUCCAUCCACCACCAGGCUCAAAUAUUAGAAAAGGUAAUACUCAUAUGGAUAAAGUUACACCAAGAGCUCAUUGGAAAUAUGUAUUUGAAUGUAAAUGGGAAAUUGACUCUUUGGCUUCAUUUUUAACAUUGACAAAUGAAUAUUAUUCAGCCACAAAAGAUCAUACAAUCUUCAAUCAAUUAUGGUUUAAUGCAUUGAUUAGUAUAUUGACAGUGUUACAAAGACAAUCUUCACCAACUUUUGAUGAGGAUGGGAAAAUUUUACCAUUUUAUUAUACAUUCCAAAGAGAUACUAAUGUUGGUACUGAAACUUUACCAUUAGCAGGUACUGGUAAUCCUGUUAAUUUCAACACUGGUUUAAUUCGUUCAGCUUUCAGACCUUCAGAUGAUGCUUGUAUUUUCCAAUUUUUCAUCCCAGGUAAUGCUCAUAUGGCUGUUGAAUUAAAUAGAACAAGUUCAAUCUUGGCUUCAUUGGGGGAUAAGGUUGACAAUGAAGAAUUACCAAAAUUCAUUGAAGAAACUAAAAAAUUUGGUGAGACUAUUACAAAAGGUAUUUAUAAUCAUGCUGUUGUGGAACAUGGUGAAUUUGGGAAAGUGUUUGCUUAUGAAGUUGAUGGUUAUGGUGGUAGUGUAUUUAUGGAUGAUGCAAACAUUCCUUCGUUGUUAUCACUACCGGAUUUGGGAUUCUUAGAUAAAGAAGAUCCAAUUUAUCAAAAUACCAGAAAAAUGAUUUUAUCUAAAAAGGGGAAUCCAUAUUUCUUACAAGGUAAACAUUUUAAAGGUAUUGGUGGUCCUCAUAUUGGUAUUCAUAAUGCUUGGCCAAUGAGUUUGUUAAUACAAAUUAGAACUUCAAAUGACGAUCAAGAAAUCAUGGAGAAUUUGAAACUUGUCAUGAAAACUACUGGUAAUUUAGGCUUAAUUCAUGAAAGUGUUCACGUUAAUUUCCCUGAUGGUAUUAAAUAUACAAGACCUUGGUUCUCUUGGGCUAACUCAGAAUUUGGUAAGACUAUUUUAGAUUUGGCUCAAAGAAAACCACAUUUGAUUUUCAAAGAUGAAUAUGUUGAUAAACCAUAUAAGGUUGAAAGUUUAGGAGUUGGUCAACCAAAACAUGUUGAAAAUUAG